CAACAGCUUCAGGUUUCCUUUGAACCCAUCCUGUGUGCCCCCAGUACGUAGUCGAUCGUUUCCCACAGAUCCCUCUUAUUCGACUCGCAAUGACGAAGCAGCAGAGAGCUGAGGCAGCCGACCAGCAUGCCGUGACCCUCGCCCUCUCGCUCUGCCUCGGCGCUGUCGCUGACCGCAGCAAGAAGAUGCGCCGCGCCGGCGGGGAUGAGUUCGUGUGCAAGACGUGCGGCCGCUCGUCCCCGUCGUUCCAGGCGCUCGGCGGCCACCGGACCAGCCACCUGCGCGGCCGCCACGGGCUCGCGCUCGCCCUCACCACCGGCGAUCAGUACUGCUCCGUCAAGCCCAAGAGUGCUACUGCUACAGAUCAGAAGCAGGCGCACCGGUGCCACAUCUGCGGCCAUGGGUUUGAGACGGGGCAGGCGCUCGGCGGCCACAUGCGCCGGCACCGCGAGGAGGUGGCGCAGGCGCUGCCCGUUCUGCUCGAGCUCUUUAUCUAGACCGAUUUCAUUAGUUUUAGACUUCUAGUGCAGAGUUUCCGGCAUGCGUAUGCGUGCACACUUGUAGUGGUUAGGUGUUAACUAUUGGUUGGUUCAUUACUUUAUACGUGUACAUAUAGAAGUGUGACUUUUUCAGA